CUGCCCCAUCCGGCCCUGCUGCUCCAUCCACCCCUCCUGCCCCACCCAGCCCUGCUGCUCCAUCCACCCUUCCUGCCCCAUCCGGCCCUGCUGCUCCACCAUCCCCUACUGCCCCAUCCGGCCCUGCUGCUCCAUCCACCCUUCCUGCCCCACCCAGCCCUGCUGCUCCAUCCACCCUUCCUGCCCCAUCUAGCCCUGCUGCUCCACCAUCCCCUACUGCCCCAUCCGGCCCUGCUGCUCCACCAAGCCCUACUGCCCCAUCCCAGCCGGCAUUUCAGAAUGUCCACAGCCUUUUGAGGACAUGCUCGGGGCAUCGGAGCAAAAGAUACCAGAUAACGGUGGAGGAGAUCAGGAGGAGGACUGCUCCACCUGAGAGCAUGUCAAUAAAUACCCUCACUGCGCUCCUGAGAACCGACAAAAAUUUGAAGAGGGACCUCAGGGAGCAGCUGCAGGAGGUCGGGGUGACUCCGGGCACAGUGACCAAAGUCACCUCACUAUGCUCAAAGCUGUCAGAGGGCGAAGCCAAGGACCUGUGCUCCUCCGUCGGUGCUCUGGCUGCCAGGAGCAUCGAAUUUAAAGAAGUGGCCAUGCUGCCGGCAUCAGACCCCACUGUGGCCACAGGGAGAGCCACGGAGUUCAAACAACAGCUCCAGCACCUCGCCAACCAGGUGAGGUCAAAUGAUCAAUUUGACCUCCUCACGCACACCUUGGGGCCAGGAAUGGUAGAGGUGGUGGUGGAUAUUUUUUUAAAGUGUGUUGACACACAUUGAAAAUAUUAACAAUUA